AUGGUUCUCUCCGGCGGAAAUGUUGAACAGAAAACUGCUGCAACUGAAUCACCGUCAGAGCGCGAUCUGAAGGGUAUGCAACACGCCAUUGAACAAGCUAGGAUUGGUUUUAUGGAGGGCGGUAUUCCCAUUGGAGCUGUCCUGAUGGAUGACACCGGAGAGAUCAUUGCUGUAGGGCGUAACAGAAGGGUACAGGAGAAUAGUGCGAUCAAACACGGUGAAACAGACUGUUUGAACACUGCUGGGCGCCUGCCACCAAGUGUCUACUCAAAGUGUACAAUGUACACUACUCUAUCGCCAUGUCCGAUGUGCUCCGGCGCAUGCCUUCUAUUUGGCAUUCCACGAGUCGUCAUUGGUGAGAACACGACAUUUACAGGUCCGGAGUCUUUUCUCAAAGAACGGGGAGUUGAAGUUAUCAACCUUGGCACGUAUGUUUAA